CAUUCUGACAUUCAACAGGACUUCGAACAGAAAAAAAAACAAUAGAAAAUUUCGUAUAUUCAAUGUAAAAAUUCAAACAAUUGGCUGAACAUAAAACUGUAGAUCAGUUCGCUCCAAAAAAAAUCGGUGAAAAUGAGUGAAUUGAACGAGAACUCACUGGACCGACAUUUCGUGUCGCAGCUGCGAAUGAUGUGCGACGUCUACUCGAAUAAGAUUAGCAAGUCGGACUUUAUGAUUAGCCAGCGCUGGCUGCAGCUCUUCCACAAGGCGGGCAAGCGGGACAAGUAUGCCAGGAACUGUCUGAUGCUGCUCAUGUAUGGCCAGCUGCGGGAGAUGGGCAAGCUGAGCAUGCCCUUUACCAAAAUGGAUAACGCCAAUCGCCAGCUGGAGGAGGUGCUCAGCGACUACCAGGGUAGGCUAGAGGAUGAGGAGGAGGAGGAGGAGAAGGAGCAGCAGCAGAAGCAGCUGGAGCCACUGCAGCUGCAGGAGCUGCCAGCCACGGAAGCGAAGCAGGAGCCCUUGCCGGAGCCGUUGCCUCUGGCGUUGCCAGAGCUGCAAUUGGAUGUCCAGGACAAUGAGGAUGCGGCAUCUGCGCUCACAACAAAUCUGUCCAGUUAUAGCAACAGCACGCAUCGCUUUAUGCCGCGUGCUCCGGAGCUGGAACGCCUCGAGAGCGGCGGCCCAUCCGUAAGCUAUGCGCCCGAUCCCAGCUUCGAGCUGCUCACCCAGCAGAACCAGGCGCUAAUCAGAGAGAUCAACCUGAUGCACGCACGCACCCUGGAGAACGAGCAGCGCUUCAGGCAGGCCGACAGCAGCUGGCAGCAGCGCAUGCCUCAGAUGGCUCAGAUGGAGCUGCCCAAGCCGCGUGCCCCGCCGCUGUUGCCUCGAUUGGAGCGCGGCAUGCUGCUGGCCAUGCGCCGGCUGAGGGAUUGGACAGCGGCCAGUGGACCACUAAAUUUUCUACACAUUUGUCUGCAGGAUAUGCUGGACGAUGAGCCGGAAACACGGAAACAGUUGUUCGAGCUGGAUCGGAGGCUGGAGACCGUGCUGGACAAUAUGCUGGAGCAGGCGGGCGAGCGGCGCGAGAAGAAUGUGCGCAUGCUCUACGAUCAGCUGUUCAAGCAGCAGCAGGAGGCGCUCCAGAGCAAGCAGCAGCUGCUGCGCCAUGAGCAGCGCGCCCUGAUCCAGGCACGCCAGCAGCUGCAAGCACACGUCCAGGAUCUGAAGCAGCGCGAGCAGAUCUUCUGGGAGCAGCAGGCGGCAGCCUCAGCGUCCCGUCCAUACUACACCUCCGAUUCCCGCCAACCGCCGCCGGGCAGUCCCAGGACGAGCAGCAGCUACCAGGCCAAACAGAUGCCGCCAUACGAGGAGCUGCUGCGCAGCGCCAAGACCCAAACCAUACGAAAUGCCGCCGACAGCAGCGGCACCGGCAGCGGCACCUGCGGCUGCUCCGAGUGCCAGGCCGAACUGGAGCAUCUGGCGCCAUCCACGGCAUCCACGUCGGUGCAGCGCUCCAGGCAGGCGAUGACCACGGAGAUAUACGAGAAGCGCACUUGCCAGUACUGUCAGCCGCACGAAACGGAACAGCUGAAGGAGAAAUUUCUGAAAUCCACGCCGGACGAUGAGCUCAGCAGCAAAUGUUAGGAACUGAGAAUUAGUGCCUCUCUUUUAUAUAUAUAUAUAUUUUCUACUAAUUCUGCUAACAGUU